AUGGCGCCUCUGGAAGGGCUGUCGGAUGCUCAUGCGAUUCUAUUAGCGACCCGUCUAUGUGCAAGCGGCGAAGUGACCGACCUUUUUGCUUUGCGUGCGCGACAUCCCCAUUGUUUUCCGCUCGAACGUCUCCUACGCAUCAUCUUGACAUUCCUGCCCGAGAGCACCGAGCCCUCUUUAUAUGUUCCUGUGCUCCAAGGGCUGAUCAGUGGCUCUUCUUCCGUGCCCUCAGACCGAGAUAUUGAUACCUCUGCGGUUAGAGGCCUGUCCGAAGCAGCAGCGAGGAAGCGUGUGGCCAAGCUCAGACUACUGCCACUGAAGCGCGACGGAGAGGAAGAAGAAGUGGAAGCAUCAGAUGCCCUGACUCAGUUCAUCAUCCACCGAGCGCAUCUCAUUGACAUCGAAACUUCCCUCCAACCCCUCAUCCUCGACCUGGUCCUUCCCUUCUACCCACACUCCCCGGUUAUUCGAACAUGGCUGAUCUCAAGCCUACUGCCGGCACUUCGACUCAAUUACGAAUAUUAUCCGGACCGCGACGAGACACUAUCACUGGAGACUCUGGAGUUGAUGGAUGACCGGGCGGCGGUCAACAUUCUAUUGUCUAUUAGCGGUUCUGUCAGAACCAACAUGGAUCUGGUCAACAACCUGAGAGGGCUAAUUGGCCCUUGGCUAUAUGGUAGCAAUCGCUCCAAGCGUCGGAGACUCAAUGAAGCUACUCGACGAAACUCGAUCUCUUACAUCCAAGGCACACCUAAACCGGAGCCCACUGAAAUGGCCGGAUGGGAAUAUGUGAAUGAAUGGCUCUUGUCACGGAGCCUUGUGGAUCACGACAGUGUCGUGAACGCUUUUACGAACUGGAAUGGCCCCGAAGACAAGGACUUGGGAGGAUACGAAGACACAGAUAUGGAGAUACCAUCGGACAAAGCGAAGGAAUUGCGCUCACGGUACUGCCAGUCGGGUCUAGCUGUGGUCUACGCCCAUGCGGACUCGUCAAAAGCGGCCAUUGAAGGGUCAUGCCAAGUGCUGGAUCGAGUUGCCAGGUUACUUGGCCUUGAGGAGUGCUCAUAUCUGGAUUCUUCCCUGUCGGCUCUUCCAUCGGUGGACUAUGAUACAAAGUUGAUUUCCUCAACGUCUCGGGUCUCUCUAUUACAGAAUUCUCUCCUUGCCCAAGAUAACCCUUUGACACAACCUUCGCCAUCUUCGAUUUCUUUCCUGAGCGCGGUGCUCCUCUCUCUUCGCAUUUUGACCGGUCUCGGCCAUCUUGUUCCAUGCCGACUCGUGGCGAACAUUAGCUUGCAUAGCACCGAGGAGAUGCAAAUGGUGGAGCUGAAAAACUUGGUGGCUUCGGCUGUCAAGCAACCUCGAUCGAAGUUGGAGUGGCAGGAGGUACGACAACAACUGCUUUGGCUUCGCGAUUGGCAGUCAGAGCAGUCAGACAAUGGCUGGGAUGAGCCAUCGACCCACCAGGGCCUUUUCUGGAGAAUCCCGCGAGAUAAAAUUGAGACGGAGAUCCUAAAAGCUCUACUCGGUGCUCAAGAAUACCAACUGGCAGUGGAUCUAUACACUCAGCCAGAAGCGGCGCCUUUAAACAGGAAGCAGGUGGAAGAUGCCAUUGUCCAGGCUAUUUUCGCGGCCUACGACAACGCCAGCAACGGCAAUCGGACCCGCGGUGGAAUGAAGAGAGCUUACGACAUCCUGCAAGCCUUCCAGCGGCACUUCCCAGAUUCUGUGUCCCUCAAACAGAUCAACUCACUUAUAGCCGCGACGCACGUACUGUCAUUUUACGCAUUAACCCUUCAACACGGCGUCCCAUUCCAACCGGUCAGCAUCCGCGUGCACCACGACCCUCUUUCCUUGGUCGAGAAAGUCCUCGACCAAAAUGCCAAAAGCUACACUAAACUCGACGACCUCCUCUCCAUCGGUCGUAACCUCGUUUCCGCUGGACUAUCCACCGAGCUAGCAUCCAACGAAGCCGAACACCAAACAUCCCAGGAGCCUCUCUCCGAACAAGACGCCCUAAUUACAGCCGAGCGCCGCAUCACCUCCCUCGCCAUAUCCUCCGCUCUAGCCUCCAACGACUUCGGCACAGCCUACUCCUACAUCCUCACCCGGCUGACACCACCAUCCCUUCUCUCAACCUCAUCUCCCCUCCUCAAUACCCCAAGCGUCCCAGACGACAUCUCCUGGCGCGCCGUAUACAACGCAGGCCGCUAUCGUUCAACAACACCCAACCCCUCCACCCCCCUCCAAUCCCAAAUCAGCCACCUUUCCCAGCGUAUGGAACUCCUCUCUCUAGCUCUCGCCCUAGUUCCAUCCCCAGACCCACUCCCGGAAAUCCUCGGCGCCUGGCGCCGCUGCGACGAAGAGAUGACAUCCCUCCGCGCACGCGAGCAAACGGAAGAAGACGCCUGGGACACAAAGGGUGACACUAUAUCGAGCGUACCUGGUGGAUUUGGACCCUCCGACUCAGAGCGCGACGCCUUCGACACGGAGCAGCAGCGCGCGGCUCGGCGGGCCCGCGCCCGCGCCGCGAUGCCGCAUUCGCACCCGCACGAGGCGCCCAUGGGGUUGUUUGAGGUUGCGCGUGGCGCGGCCAUAGCGUUGCAUAAGAAUGCUUUCCCGUUGCGGGCUGCAGCUGCAGCUAGGCGUGGGGGUGAGUCUGUUGAUGAUGAGAGACCGCUUUCGCCCGAGGGCGAGGGACGGGUAAGGAAGAGGGAUAUGGUUAGCAAUAUGGUGACGGGUGGGUUGGCGAGUGGGAUUGGGUGGGUGCUUGGUGCUGACCCGGUGAAUCGGUAG